AUGGGCUGUGGUCCUAGUCACUUCGGAAUCUCAUAUUCCAGAAAGACCAAGAAGAAAAAAAACAAGCACAAAGAAUCCGAUGAUGAAAAAAGUGAAGGCAGUGCUUACGAAAAUCAUAUUGAAGAACAAAUACAGCUGACAAGUACACCAUCUGUAAACAAUUUAUGUGACAUGACUGAAAUGGAUGAUUCAAGUCCACUACACCAACGUGUGUCAUGUCCACAGUCUUCCACUUCGUUAUUUGUCAAUCCACAAUUAUCUUCUAGUCAACUCAAUUUCUUUAGAAUGUUAGAUGAAAAAAUAGAAAUGGGCGCAGAUUAUACGCAAACUAUUGAAGAACAACGUUUGGAAAAAAUUCAUCGUACACAUGCAUUAUUAAUGGAAUGGGAACGAGCACGAAUACGCAAUUCUCCAAAACCUUGCUCAAACUCUAGAUCCCGUUUUAUACGCAAUCCACGACAACCACAAUUUCGAGUUUCCCAUUCAGUUGUUCAAUUUGACCAAGAACAAGGUGCUUUCCAUACUGAACUCAUAUGA